AUGACGUCCGUGGACGACAAGAUCAAGAACGCGCUGAAGUCUGGGAAGGGAGGCGGCGGCGGCGGCGCGAAAUCGACGAAGCGCGAGGCGCCGAGCGACGACGACAGCGACGACAUCGACGACUCCGACUCCGAGGACGACAGCGCGGACGAGCGGCUCCCCGGGGAGGAGGAAGAAGAGACGGAUAGCGACGAGGAAGAGAUCGACGACGACGACGACGAGGAGGACGACGACGAGGAGGACGAAUCCGAAGACGAGGAGGACGAAUCCGAAGACGCGUCCGAGGAGGAAGCCGAUUCCGACGCCGAUUCAGACGAACCCGAGGAGGAAGAGGAGGAGGAGGAGGAGAUCGAAGACGACGACGAAGACGACGACGAAGACGGCGACGACGCGGAGGAAGCGAAGCCCGCGCCGUCGACGAAACCGAAACCGCAGACGAAGACGCAGCUCCCCGAGGACGACGGCGUCUUCACCGAGCGCGAGAAGAAAAAUAAAAAGGGCGCGGCGACGGAAGACGCGACGUUCAGCGCCGAGUCGUUCAACGACCUCAACCUCUCGCGGCAGCUCAUUCGCGCGUGCACCGCGCUCGGGUACGACGUGCCGACGCCGAUACAGGCCGCGGUCGUGCCGCUCGCGCUGACGGGGCGGGACAUAUGCGGCAGAGCGGUGACGGGGUCCGGGAAGACCGCCGCGUUUAUGUUGCCGCUUCUGGAGCGGAUGCUGCACCGCGGCGCGCGCGCGGCGGCGGCGACGCACGUCCUCGUCCUCGUCCCCACGCGCGAGCUCGCGGUGCAGGUGCAUCAGAUGACCAUGCGCUUGGCGCAGUUCACGUCCAUAAGAGCCGCGCUCGUCGUCGGCGGGUUAUCCGCGAACACGCAGGCGGCGGAGUUGAGGACGCGGCCGGAGAUUGUCGUCGCGACGCCCGGCCGACUGAUCGACCACGUGCGCAACACGCACUCGGUCGGUCUCGAGGACCUCGCCGCGCUCGUGUUAGACGAGGCGGACAGACUCCUGGAGAUGGGCUUUCUGGAGGAGAUCCGCGAGAUCGUGCGACACUGCCCGACGCGCAGGCAGACGAUGCUGUUCAGCGCGACGUUGACGUCGGGGGUGCAAGAGCUCGCGGAGUUUAGCAUGAAGCACCCCGCGCGUCUCUCCGCGGAUCAGAUUGGCACCACCCCGGGGACGCUGACCGAGGAGGUUCUGCGGUUGCGACCGGGCGCGGCGAGCAUGAAAGAAGCGCACCUCAUGGCGCUCGUGAAUCGGACGUUCACGAAGAAGUCGAUCGUGUUCUCUCGCACGAAGCAGCAGGCGCACCGACUGAAGAUCGUGAUGGGCCUCGCCGGGAUCGUCGCCGCGGAGCUCCACGGGGAUCUGUCGCAGACGCAGAGACUCGCCGCGCUCGAGAGCUUCCGCGUCGGCGAGGCGUCCCAUCUCGUCGCAACGGACGUCGCCGCGCGAGGGCUCGACAUCGCGGGCGUGGACGCGGUGAUUUCGUACGACGCCCCGCGGACGCUCGCGUCGUACCUCCACAGAGUCGGACGCACGGCGCGGGCGGGGAAACGAGGCACCGCGUUGACGUUCAUGGAAGAGAGCGACAGGAAGCUCGUGAAGGCGGUCUCCAAGCGCGGAUCGAAGCUCGUCGCGCGGUCGCUGCCGAAUCACGUCGUCGAGGAGUGGCACGCGAAGAUAGAAGCCAUGGCGGAUCAGAUCAAGGAGGUGGAGUACGAAGAGCGGGCGGAGAAGCACCUGAACCGAGCGGAGAUGGAGGCGAUCAAGGCGGAAAACUUGAUGACGCACUCGAAGGAGAUUCACGCCCGGCCGGCGAAGACGUGGUUCCAGUCCGAGCGGCAGAAGAAGACGCUGAACAAGGCGUCGCUGAAAGCGUCCGAGAGGGAAGACGUGGACGAGCUCGAGGACGUCGAAAAGGUGAAACGAGAGACGGGGAAAAAGAGCAAAAAGACGAAACGCGCGGAGAAGGAGGCGGCGGAGAAGGUCAAGCUCCCGGAGGGGAAGCGCGCGCGACGAGCGCUCGCGGAGGGGAAGAUCCGCGAGAAAGAGAAGCGGAUGUGGGGCGGGGACGACGAGCUCAGCGAGCAGAUGAUGAGCAAGCGCGCGGGGAAGACGAUGGGCGGCGUCAAGAGCGUGAAACGGUUGGAACGCGAGGCGAGACUCACCGGCGGCGUCGCGACGAAGGUUUUGAAGGCUUUCAAGAAGGAAGUCGCGAAGGGGCGGAAGAAGCCGAAGCGCGCGAAGACGGACGACGACGACGACGACGACGGCGGCGGGAUGUUCCAGAGGCACGGUCGCGGCGCGGAUUACAAGGGGAAAUCGCGAGGCGCGUUCGGGAACGGCCGCGACUUGAAGCCCGACGUGAAAAAGGCAAAGGGGAAAAAGUUCAAGAGCGCGUCGAAGCACAAGCGGAAGCGUUGA